CCGGUAACUCUUCUCCCCCUUCCCGUAGCUCUCCCUUUCCGUCUUCCUUGAUACUGCUACCCAAUUCCUCUAGUAAGCUCUCUCAGAUCGGCAUAUGCACAAAUUUCCGCAGCUUCACCCUUGAAUUCAAACCACCUAGCUAGCGCUAUAUAUACGUACUAUGUGCAUGUGCUAAUUGUUCAUCUUGAUUCCUCCUAGUUGCAUACAAUAGCUUAGCUAGAUCUCGAUCCCUCUCCUUGAUGGAUGGUGUAUAAAACAAAGAUUUAGUUUUCUUGCCGUUUCUUCCAGCCCUAGAUCAUUUCUAGCUAACUACAAAUAGCCGGCCUUGAUCAGUUCCAUCGUCUGCUCCCGGUGGCUGAAAUAUUCCUUGUACUUUAUGAUGAAUCGAAUUCUCCAUUCUCCCCCUCAACUGGUUUGCCCCCCAUCGAUUGGCGCUCCCAAAUAAGCUCCAAUUGGAAAGCACGUGUAGUUGAGUUGUAGCUGUGCAGCUCCGACUAGCAGCAAAGGAAAGCAAUUAAGUGCGCCGCACAGCCCUCUAUAUAUGCUUCGUACAAGCACCAAAUCCGCUCCUCAAACUGCCCGACGUGUACUCGCUCUGCCCUCCUUGCUCUUUUCUAAUCAAUCACUAGCUAGCUGCCUGCUUCGUCGUCGCGAAUUUGUACCCUCCCACCCCGGUUUUGCCCCCCCUACAUGAUGCAGUUCACCCAUGCCGCAGUAACCGCACCGCCUCUCCACCACCACCACCACCACCACGGCCACCACGUCCCCAACAACGCCGCCCAUGGACUAGGGCUAGGCCUCCUCCUCGACGUGGGCACGCCGCGGCCGUGGCCCGGGACGACGACGCCAACGACGGCCAGCAGCAAGAUCUCGCUGGGGAACCUCAACAGCGCGGGGUGCAUGGAGCAGCUGCUGGUGCACUGCGCGAGCGCCAUCGAGGCCAACGACGCCACGCUGACGCAGCAGAUCCUGUGGGUGCUCAACAACAUCGCCCCCGCCGACGGCGACUCCACCCAGCGGCUCACGGCGGCCUUCCUCUGCGCGCUCGUGUCCCGCGCCUCCAGGACGGGCGCCUGCAAGGCGGUCACCGCCGCCGUGGCGGCCGCCGUGGCCGUCGAGGACGUGCACCGGUUCACGGCCGUCGAGCUGGCGGGCUUCGUGGACCUGACACCGUGGCACCGGUUCGGGUACAUGGCUGCCAACGCGGCCAUCCUGGAGGCAGCGGAAGGGUUCCCCGUGGUGCACGUCGUGGACCUCAGCACCACGCACUGCAUGCAGAUCCCCACGCUCAUCGACUUGCUCGCCUCCCGCGCCGAGGGCCCGCCCAUCCUACGGCUCACCGUCGCCGACGUCUCCUCUAAUUCUAGCUCUUCUUCUUCUUCUUCGCCGCCGCCGGUGCUCGACACGUCCUACGAGGAGCUGGGAGCCAAGCUGGUGUCCUUCGCGCGGUCACGGAACGUGUCCAUGGACUUCCGUGUGGUGCGCACGUCCCCCGCCGACGCCUUCGCUUCCUUACUCGACACGCUCCGCAUGCAGCAGCUGCUGGUGUCCGACUCCAGCAGCUGCAGCGAAGCUCUCGUAAUCAACUGCCACAUGCUGCUCCACGCCGUGCCCGACGAGACGGCCGGGUCCGUGAUGUCGACACUCACCGCAGGCCUUCUUCCGCAGCAGCAGCAGCCGGUGUCGCUCCGGACCAUGCUGCUCAAGUCCCUACGGAGCCUUGACCCAGCCCUGGUGGUGAUAGCGGAAGAAGACGCCGACUUCACGGCGUGCGACGUGGUGGGGCGGCUGCGGGCGGCGUUCAACUUCCUGUGGAUCCCCUACGACGCCGUGGACACGUUCCUGCCCAAGCAAGGGAGCGCGCAGCGGCGGUGGUACGAGGCGGAGGUCGGGUGGAAGGUGGAGAACGUGCUGGCGCAGGAAGGCGUGGCCCGGGUGGAGCGGCAGGAAGGCCGGGCCAGGUGGGGGCAGAGGAUGCGGGGCGCCGGGUUCCGAGCCGUGGGGAUCGGCGAGGAGGCUGCUGGGGAGGUGAGGACGAUGCUGAACGAGCAUGCCGCCGGGUGGGGGAUGAAGCGGGAGGACGAUGAUCUCUUGCUCACUUGGAAGGGGCACAACGUUGUUUUCGCCUCCGCGUGGGCACCGUCUUGAGUGCCGGCCAGCUGUGGGCAUGGCAUGCGGUUCGUUCACAAGGUGAGUGGGUGCUCUAGUGUAGCCAGAGCUAGCUUGCUUCCAUGGAUAUGUGAUUUAGGGUUGGUUGGUUUUCUGUGCAUCUUCAUGAUAUGAAAGAUCGUCCAUGUAGUUCAAAUUAGCUCUUACUACCUAGCUGAUUCGUUUGCAGAGAAUUGAUCAGCUUGAUCAUUGUAAUGAUGAUGAUUGAUCUCUCUCAAACACAGGUGUUAGAAAGAAGGAACAGAAAGAAGAACCUUAGGAUCCUUUAUUAUCACACUCAAAUAUGUAGGCCAGAUCUUUAUUUUCAUAUGUGUCUUUAAAUGUGAUAUAUGAUAACGGUGUGACAUCCUCCUC